UUUAAUUUAUUUUCACAGUAAAUCAGCUGAUUAAUUAGAACAAUCGUGAACAAUAUAUAUUUAUAAUUUGUAUCACAAAUAAUUUAUAGAGAGAGGCCCUCUGCCAGCAAAGUUCAUUGUCAAUGGAGGUUAAUAAUGCAGAGAAAAGCAAAAUCAGUGUGGAUACAAAUGGAGCAAGAGCAGUCUUUGAUCGAUUUCAUAAUUCAGGGCCAGACUCCUACUUUUCCACAAACAAGCCUCAGAAUAGCUUCAAAGGCAGCAGAUUCUUGUCAUACAACCCAUUCUCGGACUGUCCGGUGCAAGACUGUGCACCACUGCCUUACACAGUUUGGCCAACUCAGGAAGAAGACUGUAAAUCAGUGAAUUGGCCUCAAGUCAUACCUAAUAACAGAAAUCUGGUAGAUGCCAGUAAUUGUGGGAGUGAGGCUGAUCUUUAUGGAUUAGUGUCCGACAUCUUGGAAGAACCAGAUUCAAUAGACCCAUACUCCUCAUAUGUCUCAGAGAAUAGGCUACCAUCUAGUCUGAAAGGUGUGUGGUCUCCAGAGUUAACAAGAGAAGAGAUGAUGCAUUACUUCAGUAAUGAGGUACAGGUGCUGCCCAUUUCUGGAUUCCCGUCAAAUCAGAUUUGUCCUAAACCAGUCAGCAAUAUUUCUCCUCAGUCUGCAGGUAGAGAAUCUCAUCAGUGGGCUGAACUUCAGAAUUGUAAUGGUUUUGAUUCUUUUGCACUUCCCUGCAAUUUCUCCACUUGUAAUGGAGAGGCUGACACAUACUCUCCUCAAGAUCUUCCUCGCCCCCCAGGCCUGAACACACCCCCAACUUUAAGCUCUAGCCUCUACCAGACCAGGGCUGGUAAACCUGAGUUUCUUACACCUGAGAAGGAUGAAGGAUACCGCAGCACCACUAACUGCCUGUCUGAUUAUAUAAACACAGUCAACAACUCUUGCUGCCCUCCACAAACAAUGGAUGACUCCUAUUUCAGUUCAUCUCAUGAAUUUUCAUCUGUGAGCAAAGAUAAACUGAAGAACACCCAAUCGUUCUCUGUGCAGGAUGUCAGUAAACUGGCCUUUCUCUUGGCAGAGCAGGAUAUGAACUAUUGCCGAGAAUCUACCCAGAAUGGGCUUUUUGCACAGAGGAAUCUUGAGGAAAUCAUGGUAGAGCAGAAGAGUCAUCCAUUUCAAAGGAUGUCGGAGCUUAUUACUCAAACACCAGAUUUUAAGAGAGAGGUGACAAUCAACCAUAUGGAGCAAAGAAGAGCUAAAGUAGUGGAUAAAAAACAAAGUCAUUAUACUACGCAUGAAUUUUCAGGGUUUGGGCCACCAAAGACUUUUUCUCCUACCAUCUUGCCUCCAGCCCUUCACCCAAACAAAGAAGCCAGCCUCAUAGGAAGCAACACCGCCCAAACCAGUGUAAAGCAGUACCAGCCUAUCCAGUUAAACCAUUAUCAAAAACAAGCUAAGAUUUCGGCAAAGACCAACAGCAACAAUGAAUCACAUGGUUUUGCAAAGCUCACAACCACAUCAGGGGCUGUUCCAUUGCUUCCUUCUCAGCAGUUGUUCCGGCCUGCAGCGAGAGUCCCAGCUGAUUUGAGUCAGGGGAACACAGUAAAUCUACAUGGUGCGAUAGGCCAGGUCAGUCUUGAGAAUUUAAGGAAGGGAGCAGGAAAUGUGGACAUUUCAGAUUUUGACCUCCAGCUAGAGAACAACAGGUUGUCGGCGGGCCUUAUGGUCGAUGGGUGUUUUUAUCAGCGAUUUAACACGAAACCCAAACUUCCCGGUUUCCCUAAAGAGACAGACAAAAAAACAGGACUCCGUCAGAAUCCAUAUCAGGGGCUGGGCAGUUUGUAUGGAGGACAAAUGAGACACAGUGGAGCGAGUUUAAACUCAGCCAAAGCUACUCCAUCACAACUUUUCCCAUUCCUAUACCAGAUGGGUGAUCCCAGAAAAAGCGCAUGCCACCCGAUUCAGUCCCAGUCCCAGUUGCCCUACUGCUCUGUGCCCCUCAUCGACAUGAAUGAACAUCUGCCAGAUGGAGAUAAUUCACCCUUCAGCCCCUAUCUACAAGAAUGUAUUGGGCUAAGCCAAGCAUCCAGAGAUGGGUUGUUCUCCGGGUUUCUGUCGGACAUGACCUCACCUAAGUUUGGCAAGGCAUUUGGAAGCCCCAACAGUCAGCUACACUUUUACCUGGAGGAAUGUUACGAGCAGUGGAGGAUGCUGGAAAAAGAGAGAAAGCAAGCAGAAGCUGUUCUUACAAAGUCUUACCCAGGAAAACGCGUGUCUGUGGUGACCAGUAGUGUUUUACCCAAAAUGCCUCCAAACCCCUCCAGACUGGACCGCCUCAUUGUAGACCAGCUGCGCGAACAGGCCAGGGUGGCAGGUUUGCUAGGCAAGAUGGAACAGUUGCGCAGUUUUCCACUUCAUGCUAAUAUCGGCUCAGCAUUGGACAGGCAUCUUGAGGUCAUCUACAUCACUCAGGCACGCCGAAAGGACGAACUCAUCAAUGCUAACAGCAGACAGAGGCAGCCAGCAGCCUUCUUUAGAGAGGACAGGGAGAUCCUUCUGUUGGCUUCUGCAGUGAAGGACCUGUGCAGCAACACCAGAAAGGCCCGGACCGCUCUUUGGUGUGCAUUGCAAAUGACUUUGCCCAAAACAAACAGUUACCUAGAGGAGAGAGACGAGAUGGGUACCUGCUCCCCUUUAGGUCAAGACAGUCCUGAGCAAAGCAGCUUGGAGAGAGCACUGACUACCCUGUGAUCACUUUCCGGCAGGUAUACAUUUUUUUGUGUGUGUCUGUUUUUUGACACAAAGUAACAUUGAUCUAACCUGUCGAAAAAGCCACAAGAGGUGAUGGGAUUGCAUUUUAAGAAGAAUGAAUGAGUUAUUUAAGUUAUUCCACUAAAGUGAUACGUUAGGCUCAGUUGUGGGCAGCAGAUGGAAUUCUUAGUUCAUUAAUAUUUAUCAGUCUUCUGUGAAAACCACCAAUCAGAUUAUAAUCAAAUUCUCCAAAACACAUGGAAUUAUGGCAGUAAGAUCAGUACUAAGCUAUUUUGUCCAAGGACCCCAGAAGAACUGCCAGUAAAAACAAGACGUUUUGAGAGAGUAUGAACGAAUGAUUUAACAGUGACAGAAAGAGAGAUGAAAUCAGAAGAGGGACCUUUUAACUGGUUUAUGGUGAUAAUGGAACAGAAUGUAUGGCAAGAGUAAGAUCUGUGGCUUUAGAGGAUAAUGGGAUAUUUUCGCCCAGUUGACCUAGAAAUGUAUAAAUAGUUAAACAGAAAGCAAAAAUUAUUUGAGUUCAAGUUUUUUUUUUUUUGACAGUUUAAUUAGUGUCUCCUACAAUCUAUUCAAAAUCCUCAGCUAAUUUUAGGUCCAGUGAUACACACAUUCAGGUAACAACAGUAUUUAUGAUCAACAGGACGUGUUCCAGUUGUCCUUUUAUUAUUUUACUUAUUUAUAAACAUGAUUCUUUGGCAUCAGUACUUGGUUUUUAGUGGUCUCCCUGGAUAAGCAAUGAUAAUCGCAAAUCUUUCCUAAAUCGGUUUUGUUUUUUGGAAAAUUUGAAAGUGAAUUUAUUUAUUUGCAAUUUGUUUAUCUCAAUUCUGAAUUCAACUCAGUAUUUCAUUCUCUGUUUUUCCAUGUAUGUAUGUAUGUAUGUGGUCAAUCUGUCUUAUGCAACUCGUUAGAAGAUCUAUUGAGUAGCUGAGAGUAACAUCAUUCAUGGACUGAAAUAAAUGAUGUCAACGACAUGCUAUUAGAAAAUGCUAGACUGAUAUAGUUCAUGACGUGUACUCGUAUUGCUUUUGUUUCUUUGCUUAUGCUUUUGUUGAAGUUUAACAAUUAAACUAAAACACAAAAU